AUGGCAGCAAUCAACCUUUCUACAGGCACAAGCAGCACAAAUUCUUAUCCAGCAGAUGUUGUAGGAGAACCACAGCUCUCGGGUGCUCUCCCGGGAGCAGAGCAGCCCAGCUCCGGCAACCCAGCUGCCACCCAGCGAGCUCGGAGCGAGAAAAGCUGCCAGACUGGGAAAAUUUCAACAGCAGAAACUGCAGUACAAUCUCACACUAGCCGAGAUGCCAGUGUCCAGACAGAUCAAAGUAAAGAUGCUGUCCAGGACUUGCAGCAAGAAGUCCAAGUAGAUUACACAAGCCUUCUGUCGUUCCUUCAGAGAGUAGAGGAUGCUGUUAUCAAAGAGCUCAAUAAGAACUCCAAAAGCCGGGCCUUCGAUGGCUUUGAAGUGAACUGGACAGAUCAGAACAAAACAGUGUCCUGUUUGCAUACACUGUCAUACCCAGAGGCUCAGGAUCAACACCUGCAGGUCACCAGUGUCUCCUGGAAUGCAACCGGGUCCGUUGUUGCAUGUUCGUAUGGCCGGUUGGACAAUGGGGACUGGAGCACAGAAAAAUCCUAUGUUUGUACCUGGAAUCUGGACAGAAGAGGGUUGAAUCCCCAGCGCCCUGACCUGGUGGUGGAUGUUCCCAGUUCUGUGAUGUGCUUGGCUUUCCACCCCUCCCAGCCUUCAGUGAUAGCUGGUGGCCUGUUCAGUGGGGAGCUGUUGGUGUGGGACACCAGCAGAACAGAAGACCCGGUGAUCUGGAGGACAGGGAUGACAGAUGACACCCACACUGACCCAGUCUAUCAGGUUACCUGGUUACCUGACACCGAGCACAGGAACCACCCCCGGCUGGUGAGCGCGUCCACGGACGGAAAGGUCCUGGUGUGGAGGGAGGAGCGAGAUGGGCGGCUGGGCUUGGCUGAGGGGUUUGCCUUGGUGGCCCAGCAGAUCCCUCGCUGCGCUGGGCUGAAGAAGCUCAGCCAGGGCGAGGCAGCCGUGGGUGUGACCUCGCUCUCCUUUUCACACUUCGACCCCCGGCUGUUUGUUGUGGGUGUGGAAGGUGGCAGCUCCCUGAAGUGCUCCAUGGCAGCACAGUCACUGGCUCUGCAGGGCUCCAGCAGCUCCGUUCCCCUCCGUGCUCCAGCAGAACUCGCCUUCUCCCCGCACGCUGGGCCCGUGUACUCGGUCAGCUGCUCUCCCUUCCACAGGAACCUCUUUCUGAGCUGUGGGACUGAUGGACAAGUUCACCUGCACUCCAUGUUGCAGUCUCAGCCCCUCAUUUCUCUCCAGCUGUCAAGGAAAUACCUCUUCUGCGUGCGCUGGUCUCCAGUUCGACCACUGGUCUUUGCAGCUGCGUCUGGGGAAGGAGCUGUGCACCUGUUUGACUUUGAGAAGAGCUCCCAGAAGCCUGCAGUUUCCAUGAAGCAGGGGGAGGGAGAAUGCCCGGUGUACUGCCUGGAGUUCAACCCCAAGCACACCGGGCUGCUGGCGGCAGGGGACGCUGCUGGUACCGUCAGAGUCUGGCAGCUGAGUUCUGACUUCACUGAGCAGGGAUCCAGGGAAAGGAGCCUCCUGGAGCAGCUGGCCAGCGAGGGCACGGACUAA